CUUCCAAAAGGUUUUACAGGGUUAAAAAGUAUGUUCUUCUGCUCGGAGGUUGAUAGCAUAAAAUAACGAACAUCAGAGUAAUUUAUUUUAAAGGAUAAUUCCAUAAAAUCAAAAUGGCUUUAGAAGAAAUUAAGACGAAAUUUGGUGGAAAAUGGAAGCUAGACCGAAGUGAAAACUUUGAAGAAUUUUUGAAGGAAAUGGGAGUGAACUUUGCAAUUCGUAAAAUGGCGGGGCUUUCUAAACCAGAACAGGAAGUACGCGUAGAAGAUGGUUCCGUGGUUAUUUGUAUAAAAGCCGGAUUCUGGAAUAAAGAGUCAAAAAUAAAAUUGGAAGAAGAGUAUGAAGAAGAUAGAGACGGUGUCAAAAUGAAGUGCUUUGCUAAAUAUGAGAAUGGUCAACUGAUCGUGGAUGGUAAACCUAUAGACAAAACAGAUUUCAAACCACAACACGUAGUCAGGGAAAUUAUUAAUGAUGAAAUGGUUAUGAGGAUCGUAGUAGGAGAUAACUACUUGACAUGUACAAGAGUUUUCAAGAGAUUACCUCAAUAGAACAAUAGUAAAUGUUACAGUUCUUGCAUAUUUUACGUUUUAAUGACAAUCGGUUUACUUUUAUCGAACCAACCUGAAGGGAAGGGUGUUGUUAGGCCUAUAUUAUCUUUUACCCUAGAUGCCGACGAGCAAUCAAAAUAAGCAAAAGCACCAAAACCUUCCAGAAUAAAAAGGGUAUAUUAUGGGAAAUGAACAGGUAGUCUUAUUUCCUGACUAAUUUUCUAAAUCGUUUCAAUUUUCACACGACAAGAAAUGGAGCUAUUGAUAAGUUGGUUGGUAUGGGUUGGGCUAUAUGUCGCUUCGGUCUUCCUUCAUUUAUAUUUACUUUCGUUAAUGUUACGUGAGGUUUUGUUACUUAUUCAUCUUUUUAUCAUAUUAAUAUUCUCUUAGAAUACAGUAUUCGAUUUUUGUUGAGUCUUUAGCUGUAACUGGACAAUAUCUACUUUCGUUAUUGUUACGUGAGGUUUUGUUACUUAUUCAUCUUUUUAUCAUAUUAAUAUUCUCUUAAAAUACAGUGUUCGAUUUUUGUUGAGUCUUUAGCUGUAACUGGACAAUAUCUGUUAUCGUUUAUCCCCAAAUGCACUGUAUAUUCUUAAACGACCAGAUGCCUUGCCGUGACUCACAGCUGAGAACCUUUAUAGGUUUUUUUUACAGGCGAAUGAUCAAAUUUAUUUUACAUUUUAACGUAGCCUCUAACUAUUCACAUGUAUACAUAUAAUGUAAAAUAAAAGGAACAUAAUAGUGCU